CGUAUAUAAGCGACCGCCCAGCCGUUGCUCUUCCCGUUCAGUCUCCGCUUUGAGGGUCUCUUGGUCGGAGUCGUAGACUUGAGAUCAGCGAAGGCUCUCCUCCAAAGAUCUCUCCGGAGCCGGUAGCGACUCCAGAAGCACAGCCUGAGCGUGAGCCGGAACCAACGGCAGAACCAGAGCCAGACGCACCACCUCCACCGCCUCCUCCACCGCCGCCACCACCACCUCCCAGACGAAUGGCUGAACUAACGGUUGGAAUCAAUGGCUUUGGACGCAUCGGGCGCUUGGUCCUCCGAGCCUGCGUAGAGAAAGGGAUCAAAGUCGUGGCUGUCAAUGACCCUUUCAUCGACCUCAACUAUAUGGUUUACAUGUUCAAGUAUGACUCUACCCACGGGCGCUUCAAAGGAGAAGUGCACGCUGAAGGUGGCAAGCUAAUUGUGAAUGGGCAUAAGAUCUCUGUGUUUCAGUGCAUGAAACCAAAUGAGAUCCCUUGGGGUGAGGCAGGAGCUCUGUACGUAGUAGAAUCAACUGGAGUCUUCCUCACUGUUGAUAAAGCUUCCGCUCAUAUCCAUGGUGGGGCCAGGCGAGUAGUGGUGAGCGCCCCAUCCCCUGAUGCGCCUAUGUUUGUGAUGGGAGUCAAUCACGAGAAGUAUGAUCCCUCAAGCAUGAAUAUUGUGAGCAAUGCCUCCUGCACCACCAACUGCUUGGCGCCAUUGGCCAAAGUCAUUCAUGACAACUUUGGCAUUGUGGAAGGCCUCAUGACCACCGUUCAUGCCUACACUGCCACUCAGAAGACUGUGGACGGUCCCUCUGCCAAGGCUUGGCGUGAUGGCAGGGGUGCCCACCAGAACAUCAUUCCAGCUUCUACUGGUGCUGCGAAAGCUGUGGGCAAGGUCAUCCCUGAGCUGAAUGGGAAGCUCACUGGGAUGGCAUUCCGUGUGCCGGUGUGUGAUGUCUCGGUGGUCGACCUGACCUGCCGCCUUGCCAGGCCAGCCACCUACGCUCAGAUCAAAGAAGCUGUCAAGAAGGCAUCGAAAGGGCCCAUGGCUGGGAUCCUGGGGUACACAGAAGACGAGGUUGUUUCGACUGAUUUCAUUGGUGACCAUCGUUCCUCUAUCUUUGAUGCUGGAGCUGGGAUCUCCCUCAAUGAUAACUUUGUGAAGCUCAUCUCCUGGUAUGAUAACGAAUAUGGCUACAGCUGCCGUGUAGCAGACCUCCUGAAGCAUAUGUUCACCAGGGAGCACAACUGAGCACUGCCCAACCCUCUCUGCUCCAGGCUGUCAGACAGAGUGGUCUCACACACCCCCUUUAGUCCAUAGGUUUGAUCUCCCGGCCAGUUCUCUGCUUCAACCACAGAACCCAGAACAACCGCACCUUUUUCUUCGUGUGUCACCGUAAAGCUUUGUGUGCGUACUCGUGAAUCUGAGUCCUGCUUACCAGAGCAGCUUGUGCAAGCCUCUAAACUGUAGUGAAAGACAACUGCACCAAAUUCCCCCUGGAGGAGGAGGAGGAGAGUCUGCCCUCUGGGGUUAAGCAUCGGUUUGUGUGGCUGUAGUCCCCUUGAGAUCUUGCAAGUGUUAAAAUAAAACCACUGAAGUUUAUGUGAA